AUGUCGAAUUAUGCAAACGCGCAUCCUGUUCGUCGUAUCCAUACUCUUGUUUAUGCCAUCGCGACACGUUGGGCCAUUGACGUCAACAUCGCAUACUUCAAGCCUUCGUUUGAUGGAGACGAGUCUAUGACUCGUGCGGAUGAAGAUGUUUGCAAGGAGGCUGGAUAUUUGCGGACAGUGCCUUUACUUUUGUAUCAAUAUAUUGUGCAAAGUGGGAUACACUCAAAGCUGCUCAUGGUCGCUCGUUCACCUCUUAGUAACCAUCACAUGGUGAAUCUUACGGGUGCUAUUGGAAUCAAGGAAUACUUGAAAUGCAGAGACUCUGUCAUGGUUCGCCGUCAAUGUAUCGAAGAUCCGCGUUACCACGUACCUGUCUCCAUCGCCAUCCGGCGCACUUCCUUCAAAUCCUCCAACCUUUCCAUCACCAUGCUGACAAUUCCCUAUCAGGGAGCAGAUGUUACACUAGAGAAUUUUCAGCUCUGA